AAGAUACUUACAGAUGCCAUAUGGGUUUCCCUCCAUCAGCUCCUACAUCGAGAUGCUGACUGGUGUUGGACUGAACAACAUGCUGCUGUGGAUACACUCAAAACACAUUUGACAAGUCCACCUGUCUUACAGUAUUUUGAUGUGCACAAGUCAGUGAUAUUGUUCUUCACGGUCUUGGUGCAGUCUGUCUUCAAGACGGCAAGCCUGUGGCAUUUGCAUCAAGAGCCUACACUGAGACUGAAGCACACUAUUCACUAUUUGAGAAAGCACUAUUAG